UAUUGCCGGUAGCUGUUUUCCUCCGGUCAAAGCGGAGCUUCUCCUCCCAGAGUUCCCAGUCCGACCCAGCCCGACUCCGGGCUUUACUGGCGGAUUUACCGGAACCGACACCAGCAGCGAACCUCAGAGUCGGACUAGAACCAGGAACCGGACUGGACCGGAUCACAGAGCGGACCGGAUCAGAGAUGAGCAGCUGCCGUCCGGCCCGGCUGUAGGUCAGUGAUGGCCGCAGAGCUUCCUGCUGGCGGAGGAGAUGAAGCCCGGUCCAACCUCCAUGCUGGUCACCAUGGCAACGCUGGACGGAAGCUCAGCGGUUGAAACCUUCCUGGCCUCCAUCCACCUGGACAGGUACCUGGACACCUUCCGCCGAGCCGGCCUGCUAUUGGCCAGAGACUGCGCCCACCUGGACCAUGACGCUCUGGUCAGUCUGGGUGUAGCCGCCACAGGACACAGGAAGAGGAUCCUGCGCCUGGUCAGCCUCAUCCAGCGGAGGGAAGCCCAACGAGCCAAUCAGAGCGCCGCUCUCCCGUGUGACCCGUCGCAGGGAGGAAGCAUCGCCACGUCGCACCGCCGAGCGCUCGCACCAGGAAGCGCAGCCAGCCUGGACCGCAGGAAAGGCCCGGCCAUGAAACCCAUCCCCAAACCCAGAACCGUCUUCAACCGCCGCAGGACGGCACCGGUCCAGUUCAGCGCUGCAUCAGAUGCGGCGGCGCCAGCGGACCGGAGGCUUUCCCAGGAAUCCAUCUGCUUGACCGUGCUGGAAGGUCUGACCUCACAGGCCACGCCCACAGACGGGCGCAGACCCAGCCAGGUGGGCAGAACCCGGCCCAGCCGCAGCCUCUCUCUGUCCGACGCAGUCGGGUCGGUACCGCCCGUCCCUCCAAGGUCGAGCCGCGGCCCCGCCGCCUCCCUGACUCCGCCCCCCUCCUCUGCAGAGAUGCGACCGCUAUCGUCUCUUCCAGGCCGACCUGGAAGUUUGGACGGUACCAGACUCUCUGGGCCGUCAGGUUCUCCCGGAAGGGGGAGCAUAGAGAUGGUCUCCAACGAGAUUUACUGGGGCACCAACCCCAGCUCUGCUGCCCCCAGUGGAGGGAGGAGUUACUGCAGCCAACAGGCAGCUCCGCCGACACCGCCCAGGAAUCCAGACCGGAACCAGAACUUGGACAGGAACAGCGGCAGCACUCUGAGCAACAACUCCUCAGGAUCUGCCAGAGCCUCCGCAGACGACCCAGAGGAGAUCAGUCCGUACUGCGAGGCCGUUUUCCAGAGCCGGAGGUCGCCGACGGCCUCUGAGAGCGACCGGAGCCGAUCCGACGGCACAGAGGAGGGGAGAGCCGCUGAGGAUCAUGGGAGCCACAAGUUCUCCUGGACGCAGCGGCUGUCGCAGGCGUUUCUCUCCGGAGACUCUCCGGGUUACAGCACCGUGGGCCAAGCUCCGCCCCCUCUCCGCUGCUCCUCCUUCCCCCCCGAGGCGGACGACGACCUCACCAUCUCGCCCUACGCCAGCUACGCCUCCCUGACAGAGAGAGCCCCGCCCAUCAUCAGCGGCUGCCUGGACAAGCUGUCGCCACAGGGGGGUCGGAGGUCAUCGGUGGGUGUUGUGCUGCGUCUCCUCCUCUUUGCUCCUCCCUGUGUCUCGUCCUGCCUGUGGAGCUGCCUCUGCCUCUCCUCUUCCUCCUCUUCUUCCUCUGCUCGGAAUUAUGUUUUCCAGAAACGUUUUGUGAAGUUUGACGGGAAAAACCUGAUGUACUUCGGCAGUGAGAAGGAUGUCUACCCUAAAGGAGUGAUCCCAUUGGCUGCCAUCCAGAUGGCCCGCCCAGCCAAAGACAACAAGUUUGAGAUCGUGACGAGUCACAGGAUCUUCGUAUUUCGGACCGAAAACGAAGUGCUUAGGCGGCGUUGGGUGGCCACCCUGCAGGAACACGUCCGGGACCACCAGGUGUUUGGGCGGCGCCGCUUCGGACCCGGAUCGCACUGCCAGAAACACGGCGCCCUGGAGCUCAAAGGAACCAAGUCCAGAGUUUACGCCGCCAUCAACACCGACCAGAUCUGGCUCUACAAGAGCGAGCAGUGCUUCAGGAACGGGAUCGGCAUCACCGUCAUCGAGGCCCGCGGAGCGACGAUCCGGGACGGGAAACACCGGAGCUUCGACCUCAUCACGCCAUAUAAAACCUUCAGCUUCACGGCCGAGUCGGACCGCGACAAGCGGGACUGGAUGGAGGCGCUGCAGGAAGCCAUCGCCGAGACGCUGUCGGACUACGAGGUCGCCGAGAAGAUCUGGUCCAACCGAUCCAACCGGACCUGCGCCGACUGCAAGGCCCAGAACCCGGACUGGGCCUCCAUCAACCUGUGUGUGGUCAUCUGUAAGAACUGUGCAGGGCAGCACAGAGGUCUGGGGACCAUGGUCUCUAAGGUUCAGAGUCUGAAACUCGACACCAGCGUCUGGAGCAACGAGAUCGUUCAGCUGUUCAUCAUGCUGGGGAACGACCAGGCCAAUGACUUCUGGGCGGCGCGCCUCCCUGCGUCCGAGGAGCUGGACUGUGACGCAUCGCCUGAGCAGCGGCGGGAUUUCAUCACCCAGAAGUACCGAGAAGGCCGGUUCCGCCGGGCCCACCCGGCGUUCAGCGGCCAGGAAGAGCUGCUGAAGGUCCUCUGCUCCGCCGUCUCUGAGCAGACGCUCCUGAAAACAGUCACUCAGAUUUUCUCGGAGGCGGCCCGGCUCGCCGGCGACCCGGACGACCUCCAGCAGCAGAGACAGCAGCCGAGCCCUGCAGAUCCCAGCGUGUACGAUGAGAUCAUGCAGCCCGUCCUUCACUCCGGCUUCCUCUACAAGGCGUCUUCGCUCGGCAGAGGGACUCUGUCCAGGAAAACCCGCGAAGACUUCCAGAAGUUCUGGUGCUCCGUGGACCGGUCCCUGGUUCUGUUCAAGUCGGACCACUCGGCCGACCCGUGCCUGCAGAUCGACGUGAAGGACAUUGUGUGUCUGGGAGUCGGCCGACCCGAUUCUGCCAGCAACAACAAUGGCUUCAUCGACAGGUUCCGCUACACCUUUGAGUUGUACGUGGCGCCAGAGAAGCUGUUCCUGUUCGGGUUAGAGACGGCCGACGAGCUGCACAGCUGGACCAAAGCCAUCGGACAGGCCGCCACGCCGCUCAGCUGUCACUGCCUUCUGACCCGGGAGUUUGAGCGGGUCGGACUGCUGCGGUACCGGGCCAUGUUGGACCCGCAGCAGUGGAAAGAGGCCUACUUCGUCCUGCAGAAGUCCAACCUGUUCGUCUGUCCCCGGACCAACGGCGCGGCCGAGGACAUCGUCAACCUGAACCGGCUGCAGGAACUGAGUAUCACCUCCGAGAGUGAGAAUCAGGAGAAGAAAGACAUCCUGGUGCUGGUGGAGAAGGGAAGGACUCUACACCUGCAGGGUGUGGGUCGCUCCGACUUCUCGCUGUGGCUCUUGGACAUCCAGCGGGCAGCAGGCGGGAAAGGGAACGCGCUGCGGGAGCAGCAGAUGAGCCGCAACGACAUUCCCAUCAUCGUGGACAGCUGCAUCGCCUUCAUCACGCAGUACGGUCUGGGCCAUGAAGGGAUUUACAGGAAAAACGGAGCCAAAUCCAGGAUCCGACUGCUGAUGGACGAGUUCCGGAAAGACGCGCGGAACGUCAAACUGCGGAUCGGCGACCACUUCAUCGAAGACGUGACGGACGUUCUGAAGAGGUUCUUCAGAGAGAUUGACGACCCGAUCUUCAUGGCCGAGCUGCACCCGCUGUGGCAGGAGGCAGCCAAACUUCCUCAGAAACGUUCCCGGUUGGACCGCUACCAGGAGAUCAUCUGGAGCCUUCCUCGGGUCAACCGAACCACUCUGGCCGCGCUCAUCAGCCAUCUUUACAGGGUCCAAAAGUGCGCUGACCUGAACCAGAUGUGCACCAAGAACCUGUCGCUGCUGUUUGCUCCCAGCUUGUUCCAGACCGACGGGAAGGGCGAGCACGAGGUGAAGAUUGUGGAGGAUCUGAUCGACAACUACCUGGACGUGUUUGAGAUCGAUGAGGAUCAUCAGACUCAGAUUGAACUGGAAAUCAGCCUCAUCACCAGCUGGAAGGACACUCAGCUCUCUCAAGCGGGCGACCUGAUCAUCGAAGUCUACCUGGAGUUGAAGAUCCCCGACUGCUGCGUCACUCUGAAGGUGUCGCCCACCAUGUGUGCGGAGGAGCUGACCAAUCAGGUUCUGUACAUGAGGAACGUGCCGGCCGGAGAGAGGGACGUCUGGAUGACCUUCGAAGCCAUCGAGGACGGCCAGCUGGAGCGUCCUCUGCAUCCCAAGGAGAAGGUUCUGGAACAGGCGCUGCAAUGGUGCAAGAUGGCCGACCCAAGCUCCGCCCACCUGCUAGUGAAGAGGGUUCCUAUAGGGGAAGGCCUGAACAUCCUGACCUCUUACAGGUGUGACGUCAUGAAGGUGGGGCUGCUGCGCUGCAGGGAGGAGCCUCCCAAGCUGCUGCAGGGGAACCGCUUCCAGGAGAGAACCUUCCAGAUCCGGGACCACAAGCUGCUGCUGCUCAAGGACAGGAGGAGCAUCAAGCCAGAGAAGGAGUGGCCCCUCAAGACCAUGAGGAUCUACAUCGGGAUCCGACGCAAGCUGAAAGCUCCCAGCAGAUGGGGCUUCACAGUGAUGUCAGACAAGCACCAGCUGUUCCUGUGCUGCAGCAGUGAGGCCGAGCUGUGGGACUGGGUCACCAGCUUCCUCCGGGCUCAGAACGAUGAUCCGGGCCCGCCGGUUCUGCGGCGCCACUCCUCCUCCGACAUCUCCAAGCAGAAGUUUGGCACCAUGCCACUGGUUCCGAUCCGAGGAGACGAGAGCAACAGCAGCAUGCUGUCAGCCAAUCAGACACUGAGGAAGCUUCACGACCGAAGGACGCUGUCCAUGUACUUCCCUAUGAAGAUCCAGCAGGACUCAUUUGAGGAGCGGGCCGAGUCUCCGGACCUUCCAGAACCGCUCUACGAGGAGGUGGGGGACUUUGGCCUGCAGGUGCUGAAGUCUCUGGAGACCAGCUUCCGGUCCAGCCGCGUCGCAGAGACCCAGGAGGUUCCGGACCAGCAGACCCGGCUGGUUCUGUCAGAGAGUGGGCAUCUGGACCACGUGGCCGCCGCCCCUGGGGUCCCUUCUGUCCGCGGCUCCCUGGAGACGCUGGAGCGGAGCGGCAGCAGCAGCGGGGUGGACUGCAGUUCCCCCGGCCCGCCAGCAGAGGGCAGCGCAGGCUGCAGUUCCCCCGGCCCGCCAGCAGAGGGCGGCAUGCGGCCCGGAGUCUGCACGGCUUCCCAGGAGCUGCUGCUGCAGGAGCUGUCAUCCGCCUUUAUUAGGAGGAGCGAAGAAGAGGAGAAGCUGUAUGACGUCUGAGGAAGGUCAGAACCUUCAGAGGAGCCCGAGACAUCAAAACCACCUGGUCUGGUUCUACUCAAACGGACCCACCAGAACCAGGCUGGCAGAAUGACGUCAUUGGAUGAUGGGGACAAGCAUCAGCUGUUUGAUGGUUAUGGGUUCUGUUUGGACUUUUUGGGUCGGGUGGGUUCUGGUAGAACUGCUGGACGGCUCCAUGUUGUUGCAGGUGUUGACCAGCAGGGGCACUGCAGUUUAUAACCUUUAAUAAAAAGAACAGAAAUGUC